UUUUCCCUGACCGGUGCUACACGUUUUAUUUGUCACCAUCGGCAUCGGUAGAAAGUUUGUACAUAUAAGUUUUCUUAUUUGUGGUGCAAUGUAAAAUUAAGUUUCAAAUGCAUAAAAUAUUACAAAACUAGCUAUAAAAUCAACUCCCCAACAACACAACAAUCAACAAUGGCUAUUUUGGGAUUUCAGUUUGUUUUCAGUUUGGUAAUGUUCAGCUUUUUCCAGAAACUCUCACCAUUUUAUUCUUUUGGAAGAUGGCUACUAUCAAAGCGAAUUGUACGCUACCUCCACCCAACAGACGAGGAACUCCGGAGUCUAGCAGGAAUAUCUCUUGGAGGGGGUGGGAAAGGUAGAGGUCGGCGUAAUGAGUAUAAGAAGAUGUUGAACAGUAAAAGUAAAAGUGACAGCUUCAACGUGCCAAGAAAUGUCCCAAUUCAGCUGGAGUCUGCACAGGUAGACGCCAUUGAUUUGUUGCCAUUGCAUUUCUACACCGAUUAUCAGUGGCUCGUGGACUUCUCUCUAGGAGCAGCAAUUGUGUAUUUUUUAACAGAAAUUUACUUUGCUCUCAGCCCACAUAGGAUCGAAUUCAACGUGAGCAUUCUCUGGUGUUUGCUGACAAUAGGGUUUUGUCUCAAAGUGCUGUGGUCACAGAUGUUGCUUUAUUUCAAAGUGGAGGAGGGAGGAGAACGGACCCUCUGCUUGACAUUCGGAUUCUUUUAUCUUGUCGUAGCAAUGGGAAUUCUAGUCGUAGGCAACGAUGUACUAGAAUUCGGACUGGAAGAAGGCUAUGACAACUUUUCUGGAAAUGCUGUGAAAUUCCUGAAGCACCAAGGCGUUGAAUCACAUGGACCGAUAUCACUCUUGACUUUCAAGAUUGUCUUAGCAUUUAUAUGUUCAUUUAUUGGUGCUUUCUUAACAUUUCCGGGUCUGAGACUGGCCAAACUGCAUUUAGAUUCAUUAAAAUAUGCUAAAGAAAAUCUACUAAAACAACUUGCCCUUUAUGCUAAUUUGCUUCUCCCAUUGCUGAUCAUUCUUUCCUGGGUGAAGCCCAUAGGUCGAGAUAUUGUGUGUGGACAUAACUGGACAUUCACAAACCGUGGUGCAGUUAUCAAUGACAAUGCCUUUGACAAUGUUCGCUUGCUAAUCAUACUGCUUUUCUUUGUCGUCCGUUUACUGUUGCUGCCCACCCACAUGCAGUCUCACCUGAAUCUGGCCCACGAGAAGGUUGAACAGCUGAAGAAGGAGAGUGGGAAGAUCGGCAGCCUUGAGCUCCAGAAGAUGGUCGCCCGUGUCUUCUAUUACCUGUGUGUGGUCGCAGUGCAGUACAUGACACCUGCCAUACUCAUCCUGUUCUUGACGUUUCUUCUCAAGACGCUCGGCAACUAUUCCUGGACUGCUGUUCUUGGUGAAAGUGUCACGGCGAUGUGGUCGAGCAAGAAUGCAUCGCCGGGGCUGGUAGCUCCUCCUGCCAGCACCAAUGCAACAACAAACAUGGAAAGCAUCGUUGAGACUGCAGCACGAUUCACCUGGGCUUUGGACGGUAUGCGUAAUAUCUUCACACCUUUAUGGUAUCGUGGGCUGUUGUCACUACUGUCCUGGUGGGUGUGUUUUUCAUGGUUCAUAAGCACGUUGUUUGGAUUGAUGUAUUAUUCUCAGAUUGAAAAAGCAUAAAGUUUAUCAUGAAUACACGAUAUCCUAAUAUAUUGUCAAAAUAAUUGCACAUAGUACACAUGUACAUGUAUAUGAGGUCUAUGUGCCCAACAGGCAUUUUAAUAAACUCUACAAUUUAUUUGUUUGUAAUAUUGAAGAUAUAUUUAGAAAGACCAGAGUUUUCGAUCUAGUUCAGUCGAGGCUUGAAAUAGGAUGUAACAUACACAUAUAUGGCUUACAUUUUAUUAAGUUUUAAACCCUUGUAUAUUAAUUCUCUAAAAAAAAAAAU